CUUUAUGUCAAAUGUUUCAAUUUCUGUUUACUGAAGUCAAAAUCAUAACAAUUCAUUGAAAUUAAUAAUUUUACCUGAUUUAAAGCAUUCUUAGAAAUGAUGGAAAAUGGUAAAGUAUUACUGCCUCAUCAUGAACAACAGAGUUUAUGUACGACGAGGUUGCCUUACCGACAGGGACGGAAGUUAACUGCAGUUAAGGCUUACUCCAUAACAAACGAAUCAAACCAUCUUCUCAUAUUUGGUGUGCCGUCUCUAAAUUUGCGUCAAGAAACGAAAGCGCUGUUUGCAAAGUUUGGUAAAUUGCUACAAUUCACAAUAUCAACUCAACAUGUUGCUGAAGUGUUUACGGAGAACUACCACGCCCAGUUUGAGAAACUACAGUCAGCAAGGCUUGCUAAACGAAUGCUUGACACUAAAAACUUCUAUGGGGGAUGUCUGCACGUGUGUUACGCGCCCGAAUUCGAAAGUAUAAACGAAACGAAAGAAAAAUUGCUGCAACGGAAACGGGAUGUCAUAUUCCGUUUACGAAAUUUGCAAAUGGAUAUUUUAAAAGAACAAAAUGUCUGUGUAACUGCACAAAAUGAAGUGGAUUUAGCAAUUAACUCUCAGAAUGAGGUUAAAAAGCUUAAUAUGGGUGAAUAUAAUACUAUAAGUAUGGGUGAACCUAAGAAACGAAAAAAAUAUAAUGAAUGCGGUAAAAAAAAGUCAAAAUCAAGUGUAAUAAAGAGUGAAGUACAGGGUAAUGAGCAAUUGUAUAAUUCAAAUCAAUUUGUUGGUCCGUUAAACAAAUGUGAAUUAGAAAUAACGAAAAAUUCAGUUAAUGGAAUAUGUUCAGAAGGUCCUAGUACUAGCUUUUCCAAAGAUUUUAGUGUUCAAAAUAAGAGAAAUGUAAAUAAAUGUACAGAUAGUCAAAUAAAUACAGAUAACAUAGAAAUAGUUGAUUGUACAUCUGUGGAUAUGGAAACGGUAACAAAUAUAAACGAACAUUUGAAUUACAAUAAAUUUGGCAAUGAAGUUAUUAGGAGAGUUCCCGUUAAACCACUGAAUAAAAUAAAGUUUAAUUUUAAUAAAUCAUGAUUAAUGUAUUUUUUAUUUUAUGCUAGUUUUCUUAGUCAAAAGGCAACCUUGCAUAG